UAGCUAGAAGGUCGCACAUCCGGGAGUUUGACCCGAAGGGCCGUGACCCCAGACAAAGAUGGCGACCAACAGGAGGGUGUUUGUUGUUGGAGUCGGCAUGACCAAGUUCGAGAAGCCUGGUCGCCGAGAAGACUUUGACUACCCUGAUAUGGCAAGGGAGGCUGGAAGCAAGGCGCUGGCUGAUGCUGCCAUUUCAUAUAAAGAUGUCCAGCAGGCUGUUGUGGGAUAUGUAUAUGGAGACACAACUUGCGGACAAAAGGCUGUAUACCAGCUGGGCCUGACAGGAGUACCAAUCUACAAUGUCAACAAUGCCUGUGCUACUGGGUCCUCAGCUCUCAUGAUUGCCAAACAGCUGGUAGAAGGAGGUCUGAUUGACUGUGCCUUGGCCAUAGGAUUUGAGAAGAUGGAACCUGGCUCACUCACCUCAAAGUAUCCUGAUCGGACCAGUCCUAUUGGGAAACAUGUGAAGGUGAUGGCCCAGAAGUAUGGUGUCACAAAUGAUCCCCUCACACCACAGAUGUUUGGCAAUGCAGGGAGGGAGCACAACUUAAAAUAUGGAUCCACUCCUGAGCACUUUGCCAAGAUUGCUCUGAAGAACCACAAACAUUCUGUCAACAAUCCGUAUGCCCAGUUCCAGAAAGAGUACAGCAUUGAUGAGAUCAAGAAAUCCAAGAUGGUGUUUGAGCCUGUCCAACUAACAAGGCUGCAAUGCUCACCCACAUCUGAUGGCAGUGCUGCAGCGGUGCUAUGCAGUGAGGACUUUGUGAAAAAGCACAACCUUCAAGCUCAAGCUGUAGAAAUACUCGGAAUGGCAAUGGCCACUGAUCUGCCCAGCACCUUUGAUGACGCCAGCUGUAUUAAAAUGGUUGGAUAUGACAUGACCAAAACGGCAGCUCAACAGUUGUAUGAGAAGACCUGUGUGCAGCCAUCUGAUGUCCAGGUGGUGGAGCUGCAUGACUGUUUUGCUCCCAAUGAACUCCUGACCUAUGAAGCCUUGGGGCUAUGUGCUGAGGGUGAAGGUGGGAAAAUGGUGGAUCGUGGAGACAACACAUAUGGUGGCAAAUAUGUGGUGAAUCCAAGCGGUGGACUGAUCUCCAAGGGUCAUCCUCUUGGGGCAACUGGGCUGGCACAGUGUGCAGAGUUGUCUUGGCAGUUGAGAGGCUUGGCAGGGAAGAGACAGGUUCCUGGGGUCAAGCUGGGCCUGCAACACAAUAUCGGGCUGGGAGGAGCUGUUGUCAUUGCACUGUAUCGUCACGGCUUCCCGGAGUACAAUAGGAUGCCAGGCAUCCAGAUGGUUAGGACUGCUGCAGCAGCUAGUUCAGAUGGCUUUAAGGUGGCACCUGUGUUUGCAGCGAUGGAGACCAAACUAAAACAGGAAGGUCCAGCUCUUGUGAAGAAAAUUGGUGGAAUCUUCCUGUUCAAGGUAACAGGAGGGCCUGGAGGGAAAGAGGGUCUGUGGUUGGUGGAUGCCAAAAAUGGAAAUGGGGCUGUCAAGUUUGGUUCUACAGUAGACAAGGCUGAUGUCACUUUAACCAUCAAGGAUGCUGACCUGUCUGACUUGAUGACUGGCAAGCUGAAUCCACAGACUGCAUUCUUCCAAGGGAAACUAAAGAUUCAGGGAAACAUGGCCGUGGCUAUGAAACUGCAAAGCCUUCAGCUGAGGGAGAAGGCUAAGCUGUAAUCACACUAAGACAUCUGUGGUGUAGGAGUCAUACCUAGUACCUCCAAAGGGACAUGGAGAAAUCUGAUAUUAUACAAUCUUCUUCAGCAUAAUUUCCAACUAUUGACAUGUGAUAAGCUACACAUGUACAUACAUUCAAUGUCCAAUCACAUAAGGUUUCUCAUGUUGAGGUGAAUGAAAACUCUACACGAAUCCCUCAUCAGGUGAUAUUUCAUGGAUUAAGGUUAUUGGUAAUUCUUAUAAUGCCUUGAGAUGACCUGUUUGUAUGAUUUGAUGUUCCUGCAUUUAACAGAGUACAAUUUGAAGGUAAAUAUCUUCACACUGAUGCCAAAGUGCAUUCCAAUAUUAUUAUCUAGAUGCAACGGAGCAAAACAAUGAAGUCAGUUAUUUGUCAUAAACCUGGCAAUGUUGAUUUAUUGGGCUUAACAGCGGCCUUAAGUGGUAAUUGCCAAAUGGAUAUCACGUCAAGGAAGUAAAAGAUUACAGCAUUUUUAAAUUGAUCGGUUGUCACGUUUGCCCAAUUUCCAUGCUUAUUGUCAAAGUCGACUCGGAAUGGAUUGUGUAAAGAGAACUUAUCUCAAGUAGCUUUUCGCCUACUUGAAUGUCACCUCGGGAGGUGGCUCAAGUUAAUCAGUGGGGGCACCAAGUUGCAUUUUUUUGUGUGUAAAUCCAUAGAGUCAACUCGCAGCAAAUGCAUAGAGACCAUACUCCAAUCACAGCAAGUUCUGCAAUGCACAGAGGUCAUCCUUCACUCGCAAAGUUAUUUUAUGUCAUUUUAGAAGGUUUGUUAGGACAAUUUUAAGUAGCCCCCCAAAGCAGCAAUUUGAUAUUUUUGUCAUUUUCUGUUUACUAAAUAUUGGGCGGCAGCUAUCUUAACAGACAUUCUAAAUCACUUCACAGCCCCAUAUGUAAACAGAAUGCUCGAGUUGACUCUGGCCAAAUGAACUUGGAGUCCACUAAUAAAAACUCUUAAUGUGUAAAUUGGGCCAUCAUAAAUAAUCAUGAUAAUUUGAGGUUGUAUGAAUGUUUUUGUUGAUACAUGUGUUGGACAUAAAGAUCUUAUUACAUUGAGAUUUUCUUAAUUUGGCCUCCAUGUAAAGCUGGUGUGUAAUGGACAGAACUGCUCAACUACUCCCUUUACUGUCUGUUGGCUGUGAAUUACAGAUAAUAAAAGACCUUUAAUUAUGAA